AUGGAUGUACGUACCGUUAACGAUCCUUCCACUACCUAUACUGAAGCUGAUUGGAACCCGGACACUUGGGAGGGUUGUCAAGCCAAUCCUAUGACUGCAUACUGUGGAUCCAAGAAAUUUGCUGAGAAAACAGCUUGGGAUUUCUUGGAAGCUAAUAAGGACGUACUCAAAUUCAAGUUGGCUACCGUUAAUCCUGUGUAUGUUUUCGGUCCUCAAAAGUUCGACGAGGAUGUUACCGAGCAUUUGAACACAUCCUGUGAAGUUGUCAACGGCCUAUUACAUUCAUCAGCAGAUGUCCCAGUGAACAAUCAAAUUCGUGGUCAGUAUAUUGAUGUCCGUGAUGUAUCAAAAGCCCACUUGUUGGCAUUCCAGAAGGAGAAUACCAUCGGCAAGAGAUUAGGUCUCAGUGUUGAGAGUUUUGUCUGUCAAGAUGUAGUUGAUAUCUUGAACGAAGAUUUUCCAACACUGAAGGGUAAAUUACCAACCGGAGAUAGAAAGGCAGCUGAUGCUAUUGCUUUCUCUUCUUUCGACACCUCUGAAUCCAAAAAGAUCUUGGGCUUCAAAUUCAGAACCUUGAGAGAAACCGUCGAUGACAUGACCACUCAAAUUUUGAAGAAGGAGGGAAGGUUAUAG